CUUCCAGUGUGAGGGUCCUAAGGGAUGGCUAACUGUAUGUCCAUGCGUAGUAUUGUAUGUAGGUACAUGUGACGGUACCUGUGUUUCAUCAGGAAAUAUGAGAAACUGGGGCUCAUUAAGAUAAAGGAACUUGCCUGAAGUCACUGUUCAAGCUAGUGCUAGAAACUAGACUGGAGCAAACAGAGUUGCAUUUACCACCUCUGCCCAUCGUUCCGUGCAUAGUUAUAGCUUGUUCAUUAUGACUGCCAUUCUGAGUUCCAUUGUCAGAUUCCAUUCCUGGUUUCUCCGAGUAGUGUGGGCCAUGACUCCAGGCCAUUUUCUCUGGAUUUUACUGUUCAUGAACUCCUUGUGGCUUCUACCAACUGAUGGGGCCAUUCGAGAUUACUACCUGGCCAUUGAAAAUGUGACGUGGGACUAUGCUCCCAAAGGAAGAAAUGUCAUCACAAACCAGCCUCUGAACGAUGACAUAGUGGCUUCCAGCUUCCUAAAGUCUGGCAAAGACAGGAUAGGGAGUAGUUACAAGAAGACUGUCUACAAGGAAUACAGUGACGGCACAUACACUAUUGAAGUAGCCAAGCCUGCCUGGUUGGGCUUCCUAGGACCACUGUUACAGGCUGAGGUGGGGGAUGUCAUGCGAAUCCACCUGAAGAACUUUGCAAGUCGGCCUUAUACUAUUCACCCUCAUGGAGUUUUCUAUGAGAAGGACUCAGAAGGCUCACUAUAUCCAGAUGGUUCUUCUGGGUCUCUGAAAGCUGAUGAUUCUGUUCCCCCUGGAGGCUACCAUGUAUACAACUGGACUAUUCCAGAAGGCCAUGCACCCACUGAUGCAGACCCAGCAUGCCUCACUUGGAUUUACCAUUCUCAUGUAGAUGCUCCACGAGACAUUGCAACUGGUCUCAUUGGACCCCUUAUCACCUGUAAAAGAGGGACCCUGGAUGGUAACUCCCCACCUCAGAGGAAGGAUGUGGACCGUAAUUUCUUCCUCCUCUUCAGCGUGAUAGAUGAGAACCUUAGCUGGUACCUCGAGGACAACAUUGCUGCUUACUGUUCUGAUCCCACCUCAGUGGACAAAGAAGAUGAAGACUUUCAAGAAAGCAAUAGGAUGCAUGCAAUCAAUGGGUUUGUCUUUGGGAACUUACCAGAAUUGAACAUGUGUGCCCAGAAGCAUGUAGCCUGGCACCUGUUUGGCAUGGGCAAUGAAAUAGAUGUCCACACAGCUUUCUUCCACGGACAGCUACUGACCGUCCGUGGACACCGCACUGAUGUUGCUCACAUUUUUCCAGCCACCUUUGUGACUGCUGAGAUGGUGCCCCAGAAAUCUGGAACCUGGUUAAUUAGCUGUGAAGUGAACAGCCACUUGAAAAAUGGCAUGCAAGCUCUCUAUAAGGCCGACUCUUGCUCCCUGGACUCACCUGUGGAGCAACUCACAGGCAAAGUUCGUCAAUACUUCAUUGAGGCCCAUGAGAUUCAAUGGGACUAUGGCCCACGAGGGCGUGAUGGUAGAACUGGGAAGAGUUUGCGAGAGCCAGGAAGUGGCCCAGAUAAGUACUUCCAGAAGAGCUCUAGCCGAAUCGGAGGUACUUACUGGAAAGUUCGAUAUGAAGCCUUCCAAGAUGAGACAUUCCAGGAAAGGGUACAUCAAGAGGAAGAAACACAUCUUGGAAUAUUGGGACCAGUGAUAAGGGCUGAAGUAGGUGAUACCAUCCAGGUAGUCUUCUACAACCGUGCAUCCAAGCCAUUCAGCAUGCAGCCCCACGGUGUCUUUUAUGAGAAAGACUAUGAGGGGACCGUGUACAAUGAUGGUACAGCUCAUCCUGGCUUGGUAGCCAAGCCCUUUGAGAAAGUUACAUACAAGUGGACAGUUCCUCCCCAUGCUGGGCCAGCUGCUCAGGAUCCUGCCUGCCUUACCUGGAUGUACUUCUCUGCUGCAGAUCCCAUAAGAGAUACAAAUUCUGGCCUGGUGGGCCCUUUGCUGGUUUGCAAGGCUGGCGCCUUGGGUGCAGAUGGCAAGCAGAAAGGAAUGGAUAAAGAAUUUUUUCUCCUCUUCACCGUGUUUGAUGAGAACAACAGUUGGUACAGCGAUGCCAAUCAAGCAGCUGGUAUGUUGGAUACCCGACUGCUCUCAGAGGAUGUUGAGGGCUUCCAAGAUUCCAAUCGAAUGCAUGCUAUCAAUGGGUUUCUCUUCUCUAACCUGCCCAGACUGGACAUGUGCAAGGGCGAUACAGUGGCCUGGCACUUGCUUGGCCUGGGCACAGAGACUGAUGUACAUGGGGUCAUGUUCGAGGGCAACACUAUCCAGCUUCAGGGCAUGAGGAAAAGUGCAGCCAUGCUCUUUCCCCACGCCUUUGUGAUGGCUCUCAUGCAGCCUGAUAAUCCUGGUGAAGUACUUACUUACCAGUGGAACAUCCCAGAAAGAUCUGGUCCUGGACCCGGUGACUCUGCUUGUGUUUCCUGGAUUUAUUAUUCUGCAGUGGAGCCCAUCAAGGACAUGUAUAGUGGCCUGGUGGGACCCUUAGUCAUCUGCCGAAAGGGCGUCUUGGGACCCCAUGGAGGCCGGAAUGAUAUGGACCGGGAAUUUGCCUUGUUGUUUUUGAUCUUUGAUGAGAACCAAUCUUGGUAUCUGGAGGAGAAUAUCGCAAUUUAUGGGUCACAAGAGACAAAGCGUGUUGACCUACAGGAUGAGACUUUCGUGGAAAGCAAUAAAAUGCAUGCCAUCAAUGGGAAACUCUAUGCUAAUCUCAAGGGUCUUACCGUAUACCAAGGAGAACAAGUAGCCUGGUACAUGCUAGCCAUGGGUCAAGAUACUGACAUUCACAUGGUACACUUCCAUGCAGAGAGUUUCCUUUAUCAGAAUGGACACAGUUACCGGGCAGAUGUUGUAGAUCUUUUUCCAGGGACAUUUGAGGUUGUGGAGAUGGUAGCCAGCAACCCUGGGACAUGGUUGAUGCAUUGCCACGUGACUGACCAUGUUCAUGCUGGCAUGGAGACCAUCUUUACCGUCUUGUCUCAUGGAGAACAUUUAAGUACUAUGAGUACCGUUACCAAAGAGAUUGGAAAAGCAGUGAUCCUAAGAGACAUUGGCGAAGACAAUGUGAAGCUGCUGGGCAUGAAGAUUCCCAUAAAGGAUGCUGAGAUUCUGUCUUCUGUUUUGAUCGCCAUAAGUGUAAUUCUUCUUCUUGUUGCUCUGGCUCUUGGUGGCGUAGUCUGGUACCAGCAUCGACAAAGAAAGCUUCGGCGCAACAGGAGGUCUAUUCUUGAUGAUAGCUUCAAGCUUUUGUCUCUCAAGCAGUAAUAGCUGAAUCCCGAAGAUAUCUUCAGAAAACACAUCUGGAAUGUUUCCCAUGCUCCCAGGAAGCUGUGCACUAGCAGGAACCUCUUUUGUCAAGGGGUCAGGGGAGUGGAAAGGCAGAGGAUGGAAUCAAAAUUAUUUGGCUAUUUCUUUAUUUAUUUACAUGGAAAUCAUGCUCUUACUUUUUCUUAAUUUUCCUUGCAACCUGAGGCAGUUAGGAUUAGAUAAGUACCUUUGUAAACAAAUUUUAGUAGCUAGGAUAUGUCACCCUUCAGUAUUGUACGGAAAUUCCUAGAAUGUAAUCAUGCUCACAGAAUAGAUACCAAGAAGUUAUCUAAUUAGGCUUUUAUUUCCAGAACCUAGCUAGAAAAGUAUACUUUUAAUUGAAGCCAAAUGAUGAGCCACAAAGAUAACCCACAACUAAAUAAAGGACCAAGAACAUAAGCAUUAUGGAAAAUGAGAGGUAGCGUGGGGAGUAGGAAUCAAAAUUACUCUUUAAUUUUCUUUGGCAAUGGACUAUUUAGAUGAAGGAACUGUGGUUGUUAUGAGUACCUACAAACUCUGGAACCAGAAACACCUGUAAAACAGUUCUUCAGGUUUCUUCACAGUGGUACUGAAGGGACUUUGGGAUGAUCUCUGCAUGUUUGAGGUAGUGAAUCCUAUCCAUUAAAGUACUUAUUAAAAAAUUGGAACACUGGAUUUGGUAAUUUUGAUGAUUCCCAUGGCAACUGGGAGGUGGAACUGCGUUUUAAACAAAAGGAUUUCAGUGAUCUGGGGAGGCAAAUUAUAAAUCUAGACACCCUUUGUGGAUCCUAGAGAUCUGGGUGCUUUCUCAACGUAAGCCUCCAUGUCAGAGUAGUAACAUCCUAGAGGAGAAGUUCUAUGGGUGCUAAACAUUUUUGGAAUGUCAAGAAAAGUGGCUAGAGAAGGCACCGAGACAAGACUCACACCUGUCCACUGGGCAAAAAGAGAUAGGUGCAUGCAUGGCGAUUUGGUUGGUAGGGAUGGCUAUGGGGAUACGAGAGACAGGUUUGCAGUUUGCAGGCAGCUUCAUAGAACAGAAUCAUUCCUCCCUGUAUCUUACAGCAUCAUCUCUUUCUGACCAGCAUG